AUUGACUGAACUGACAGCUGUGCGACGAGGCUUACUAAGGCUUGACAAUACAAAAAAGUGCUGCUAGGCCAACUGCCAAAUUUAUAACGCUUGUGCGUUCAGCUUUUCUUUCGCUAGUGCCAACGUUGCCACGCCCAGUUGCGGCGUGCGCCCAACCAGCCGUCAAGACGACUUACUCGAUUAUGAAAAUGAGCUCGCCCAGGAUAAUGCAGCAGAAGCGCAGCAGUAAAUCAUCCAAUUCAUCGCGCGUCUCGAUGACCACCUCAACGGCUGAGGAGAAUCUCAUAGAGUCGAAGCUCUUUAGUUGGUUGCGUCUCUUUCGCUUCGCCUCGCUGCUUUGUCGUGCCGAAUAGUGGACUCCACUCCACUAGCUCCACCCACUUGGACACUACACUUGCAACUUAUUUUAGUUUUAGUAAUUUUUAGCAGCUAAUGAAAUGCAUUCUAACACAAAUACAGUUACUCGUACUAGUUGCCGCUUUCGAUUCAAGUUUUCCUAUUAUGCUAACAUAAAAUAUAAAAUUAAAUAACACGCAAAUCUUUAGAAAUGUAGACUCUUAAGACUUUUUCGUGGCACUUCUUGUUCAUUUGAAUUUUUGCGUUCAUCUUCUCACACUUAAGUCAAUUUUUAGUGCAAAUUUCGUGGAAUUCUUGGAAUUCGUUUGCGAAAUUUGUCGCGCCUUUCGUACCUUUUAUAUUGAAAUAAGUAAAACGUUUCAUAUAAAAAACAAAAAUAAACCAUUAUUGUGUUGUAUUUGUUUACGGUAUUAGUAUUUAAGUUUCAAACAACAAACAAACAAACAGCAACAACAACAAAAUGAAAUAUAUUUUUGUAAUUAUAAAAACUGUUUUUGCGCGUCACAACAAAAUGUAUUUAAAAAUAUAUAGAAAGUCGUACAACAAAGCCAACUAACCAUGUUUAAGCAAUGCAAUUUAUUAAACAAUUACCUAAAUGCUAAAAUGCAAUACAUACUACAA